CUGGAAAAUGGCAGUAGUUUGCUGUUUCGGGGGCUUUGUUAUUCUUUGGGUUAGAAAGAGGGCACGUUUGGGACACGCAAAUUCCAAAAUCGUUCUCGCCGUCGUGACUAGAGAGAGGCACACGGGGCCGACCGGGUCUCACUCUCACCAAAACCGGCCGCCGGCAGCAGCAGCAGCAGCAAACAAAGUAUUCAAAAAAAAAGAACAAACAGAAGCAGAAACAGAGAAGCAACCGCAUCGCAAAUCUCGAAAGCAUUCAGGACAAAGCACCAAAUCCAGCAUUGCCGGCGGGCCACAGCGCAGCCACUUCUAGCAUAUACGAGUGGCACGGCGAGCAGCGACCAGUUCUCGCCUUCUCGAUUCAGGCGAUGUCGUCGUCGGGGCUGGGGCGGGAGCUGCUGUCGGAGGCGGGCGAGUCGGGGUUCGCGGCGUGGAUGCGGGGCGUGCGGCGGCGGAUCCACCGGCACCCGGAGCUGGCCUUCCAGGAGCACCGGACAUCGGCGCUCGUGCGCGCCGAGCUCGACGCGCUCGGCGUCCCCUACGCCUGGCCCGUCGCCCGCACCGGCCUCGUCGCCACAAUCUCCGGCCCCGGCACCACCAAUCCCACCAUCUUCGCCCUCCGCGCCGACAUGGACGCGCUCCCGAUCCAGGAACUCGUAGACUGCGAGUUCAAGAGCGAGGAGCCCAACAGGAUGCACGCGUGCGGCCACGACGCGCACGUGGCCAUGCUGCUGGGCGCCGCCAGGCUGCUGCAGUCGAGGAAGAAGGACCUCAACGGCACGGUGAAGCUGGUGUUCCAGCCGGCGGAGGAGAGCCACGCCGGCGGGUACCACGUGCUGGAGGAAGGCGUCCUGGACGGCGUGGACGCCAUCUUCGCCGUCCACGUCGACACGCGUCUCCCCGCGGGCGCCGUGGGCUCCAGGCCCGGCCCGUUCCUCGCCGGGUCGGCCCGGUUCAAGGCCACCGUCACCGGGAAGGGCGGGCACGGCGCGAUGCCCCACGGCGCCGUUGACCCGGUCGUCGCCGCCGCCUCCGCCGUGCUCAGCCUCCAGCAGCUCGUCGCUCGCGAGACCGACCCUCUCCAGGGCGCAGUGGUGUCAGUGACGUUCAUCAAAGGGGGGGAGACGUUCAACGUGAUCCCGGAGUCCGUCGCCAUCGGCGGCACCUUCAGGAGCAUGACGACGGAAGGGCUGUCCUACCUCAUGAAGAGGAUCAGGGAGGUGAUCGAGGGGCAGGCGGCGGUGGGGCGGUGCACGGCGGCGGUGGACUUCAUGGAGGAGGAGCUCCGGCAUUACCCGGCGACGGUGAACGACGAGGCGGUGUACGCGCACGCCAAGGCCGUGGCGGAGGGCAUGCUCGGGGAAAAGAACGUGAGGCUGUCGCCGCAGAUCAUGGCGGCGGAGGACUUUGGGUUCUACGCCCAGAAGAUCCCCGCGGCGUUCUUCGGCGUCGGCGUCCGCAGCGGCGAGGACGGGGAGCUUUACCAGGUGCACACGCCGCACCUCGUCGUCGACGAAGGCGCGCUCCCCGUCGGGGCCGCGCUGCACGCCGCCGUGGCCAUCGAGUUCUUGAACAAGCACAGCACAAACCCCGUGUCGUGAGUGAAGCUUCGUUUGACUAGGAACAAGCCAAUAAGAGAUGGACGCUUGUUGCCAAAGAUUCAGAUUCGGCAUGUCUGUUUAAACAAUUCUUGGGUCCGUAUGAACUACGCUACGAGCUUAAUUUUACAGAGUAUCCAUGUCGAUCAUUAGAACA